ACGUAAACAAACUGCUCUUAUUCUGACAGUGAAGCCGGAGGCGCGGAGCUCGCUGCCGUCGGCGGAGCUGACGUGGUGGACUCUGCUCUGUCAGAGCAGAUCGCUCCGCGCUGGGAUUACACGGAAGAUGCUGAAGAAACGGGAGCUGUUGCUUUCCGAGAGACAAUCAUUCAGUGAAGAUGAGACCAUGGUCCCGGUACUAACCUCCAGAAAAGCCAGCGAACUCCCCGUCAAUGAAGUAGUGUGUGUCCUGCAGGCAGACCUGCAGCGGGGUCUGACUCAGGAGGAAGUGACCCGGAGGAGAGCCUACCAUGGCUGGAAUGAGUUUGACAUCAGUGAAGAGGAGCCGCUAUGGAAGAAAUACAUCUCCCAGUUCAAAGAUCCUCUCAUCCUGUUGCUGUUGGCGUCGGCCGUCAUCAGCAUUCUCAUGCACCAGUUUGAUGACGCCAUCAGCAUCACUGUGGCCAUCAUCAUAGUAGUGACGGUAGCAUUUGUCCAGGAGUACCGCUCAGAGAAGUCUCUAGAAGAACUUGGGAAGCUGGUGCCUCCAGGAUGUCACUGUAUCAGGGAGGGGAACCUGGAGCAGCUGCUGGCCAGAGAUCUGGUUCCCGGAGACACCGUCUGUUUGUCGGUGGGAGAGAGAGUCCCAGCAGACGUCCGCCUGGUCGAGGCGACAGACUUGUCUGUGGACGAGUCCAGUCUGACGGGGGAGACCACGCCCUGCUCCAAGUCCACCUACCACCAGCUGGCGUCCACCAACGGAGACGUGUCGUCCCGCAGCAACAUCGCCUUCAUGGGGACGCUGGUGCGCUGCGGCAGAGCCAAGGGCAUCGUCAUCGGGACCGGAGAGAACUCUGAGUUCGGGGAGGUCUUCAAGAUGAUGCAAGCAGAAGAGGCUCCUAAGACGCCGUUACAGAAGAGCAUGGACCUGCUGGGGAAGCAGCUCUCGCUCUACUCCUUCGGCAUCAUAGGGGUCAUCAUGCUGAUGGGCUGGCUGCAGGGGAAGAGGAUCAUGGACAUGUUCACCAUCGGUGUCAGUCUGGCGGUAGCCGCCAUCCCGGAGGGUUUACCCAUCGUGGUGACGGUGACGCUGGCGCUGGGCGUGAUGCGCAUGGUGAAGAAAAGAGCCAUCAUCAAGAAGCUACCCAUCGUAGAAACUCUGGGCUGCUGUAACGUGAUCUGUUCAGAUAAGACAGGAACUCUGACCAAGAACGAGAUGACCGUCACUCAGCUGUUCACGUCGGAUGGACUCCACGCUGAGGUGACGGGCGUCGGGUACAACGGAGCAGGAGAAGUUCUGCUGGAUGGCGAGGUCGUCCACGGCUUCGCCUGUCCGUCAGUCAGUAAGAUCGUAGAGGCUGGCUGUGUGUGUAACGACUCGGUCAUCAGGAAUCACAACGUGCUGGGUCGACCGACGGAGGGAGCGCUCAUCGCCCUUGGCAUGAAGAUGGGUCUGGAGGGCCUGCAGCAGGAGUACGUCCGUGUGGAGGAGCAUCCCUUCACCUCGGAGCAGAAGUGGAUGGCAGUCCGCUGUUACCAGCGCACCCUGCAGGAGAAGGCUGGCGUCUACUUCAUGAAGGGAGCGUAUGAGCAGGUGAUCCAGCUGUGCAGCUGGUAUCACAGCAGAGGUAGUAGCCUGGUUCUGACCCAGCAACAGAGGGAGCUGUACCAGCAGCAGAUCAGCUACAUGGGGUCUGCCGGCCUCAGAGUUCUGGCGUUUGCGUCGGGUUCUGAGAUGGGGAACCUGACCUUCCUGGGUCUGGUAGGCAUCAUCGACCCCCCGAGGGAAGGGGUCAAAGAGGCCGUGGGGACGCUCAUCAACUCAGGAGUCGCCAUCAAAAUGAUCACCGGAGACUCGCAGGAGACCGCCGUGUCCAUAGCCAGUCGUCUGGGUCUGUACUCUAAAGGAUGUCAGUGUUUGUCUGGAGACGAGGUGGAUCAACUGGACCUGCAGCAGCUUUCACACGUCGUCCCCAGAAUAGCCGUGUUUUAUCGAGCCAGUCCUCGACACAAGCUGAAGAUCGUCAAGUCCCUGCAGAACAUCGGUGCCGUGGUGGCCAUGACAGGCGACGGGGUGAACGACGCCGUGGCCCUGAAGGCCGCCGACAUCGGCGUGGCGAUGGGCCAGACGGGCACCGACGUCUGCAAGGAGGCGGCCGACAUGAUCCUGGUGGACGACGACUUCCAGACCAUCUUGUCGGCCAUCGAGGAAGGAAAAGGAAUUUACAACAACAUUAAAAACUUUGUCCGCUUCCAGCUGAGCACGAGUAUAGCAGCUCUGACGCUCAUCUCAUUGGCAACGUUGAUGAACUUCCCCAACCCACUGAACGCCAUGCAGAUCCUGUGGAUCAACAUCAUCAUGGACGGACCUCCUGCUCAGAGUUUGGGCGUGGAGCCCGUGGACCGCGACGUGAUCAGACAGCCUCCUCGAAACGUCAGAGACAGCAUCCUCACUCGCAGUCUGCUCAUCAAAGUUCUGGUGUCGGCGCUCGUCAUCGUCUGUGGGACGCUGUUUGUCUUCUGGAGAGAGUUGCAGGACAACGUGAUCACUCCUCGAGACACCACCAUGACCUUCACCUGCUUUGUCUUCUUUGACAUGUUCAACGCUCUGAGCUCUCGUUCACAGACCCGUAUGGUUCAUGAGAUGGGUCUGUGCAGUAACAGGACCUUCUGCUAUGCCGUCCUGGCCUCAAUCAUGGGUCAGCUGCUGGUGAUCUACUUCCCUCCUCUACAGAGAGUCUUCCAGACCGAGAGCCUCAGCAUCUUUGACCUGCUGUUCCUGGUGACCCUCACCUCGUCGGUGUGCGUGGUGUCGGAGGCCAUCAAGAUGGCGGAGAGGUGGCGAGGAGGUGAGAGGAAGAGAUCGCCCUCCGACUGCUUCCACGAGGUAUGACCUCCCCCCCCCACCUCCCCACCCGAAGGACUCUGAGGGUUGGAGGAACAACAAGAAGAGGAGGAUUGUGUGAUGGCACUGACUAAUUCAGACUGAGAGGACUUUCUGUGGUCCUCAGGAGAUGCUCUGGUCUGGGACUGGAGGACGCUCCUGGCCUCGGGGAGAGGGGGGGGGGGCAAGGUAGCGGACUGGACUGGUCAAACUGGGAGUACGAGGUGACUGUUGGGAGAUGUGAGCCUGUACUAGCAGCUGUCCGUGCUCGGCCUCAUGGUAGAACUCUGACCGUAGCGUUGGGGAAACCGCCGCCGCAGACCGCCCUCCUGGUUAUUUAGGACGUGCUCUCUUAAGGUAACCCUCUGAAGAAUCAAGGAGAGAUACGUGUUCUUCUUUAAUCGUAUCAUUUAGAAGGUGUUGACCACUAUUCAGCUCGCUUUUCCUGAUUGAAUGCGACAACUUCCUGUUUUGAUUCCUCUAUAGGUGGUGCACAGUUUAUUAUUACAGGGCUUUGUUGAAUACAUCAUUCUGAUUGGUCAAUCACUACUGCGUUCUACGGUCUGUAAUUUCUGUAUAACAGACCGUCGCUAUGGACGCAGUUCUGAUGUCAGACUCUGGAGGACCGUUUUUAUGUCAAAUUAUUGAUUUCUUCAGUAAGUAGUCGUGUAAUAAGCGUGAUAAUGUACAGUAAGCGGGUCAUUGUUGCCCUGAAGGGGUUUAUUUCACAACAAUGACCCGCUAGCUGUACAUUAUCCCUUACUUAGUGGAGGUGUAACGGUACGUACGUUUUUAGCUCCGCAGGGAAAACCAAAUGUUGAAUUUCUUCCUGUUUCUGUAGCUAACGGGCGUACAGGUCCUGAUUCCUGCUGUAAAGAUUAAAGAUUAAAGCACUGAAACAUUUACAGAUAGUCGGUUAUUAUUUAAAGAAGUCAAAGGCGUUAUUAAAGGAACAUUAUAGUUCACUGAAAGCAUUCAAUAAAGCUUUAAUGUUCUGUUUUCUACUGACCCAAUAUUUAAAAACACCAGGGAGGGGGGGCGGAGAAUAAACUCCAGAGAUUUUAGAGGAUAAAUUUGUGAUAUUAUAAAGUCAUACAUUUACAAGACUUUUUUUAGUCGAGGAAGCACGUGGCUUCACUUUGAAAGGUUGGAUGAACGCCAUCACAGCCCAGACAGCGGCGGAGGAGAGACGUCUAAAUGAUAGGAGAGAGGAGAUAUCCUUCAUCUGUCUGUUGGGUUGUAAAGCAUCACCUCAUCAUCAUCAUGGUGUCGUUUUCCCCGGCUCCAUAUUUAUUAUAAAUACACCGUCGGACUAAAGAUGUUUUGUUAUUGUGGGCAUUUUUUUUGUUUUUACGCAGCAGAAAGUCUAAACAUGAAAUAGUGAAAACAUUGAGAUUAUAAACUGAACUGAAACAUAUUAAUAAAAAAAACUAAAUAAAA